AUGGCGUACAACAACCCCGACUUCUUCGUUGAGACUGACGAGCCCCAAUUCCCCCGCCUUCACUCGAAAGAGCACAUCAGGAUGUUGGCACGUAAUAGGCAAGCAAUGAUUGGCGAAGAGCUGUCGCGCCUCGCAAGCGAAGAGUAUCUCGAGGAUAUUAUGCAGCACCUGUGCUACAUGGAGGAUGAGACAAUUCCCGAUGUAAACUUGAUUGACAUGCAACGGGAAAUCCAGUGGUUCAUGAGACCCUUCCUAAUUGACUUCCUCAUUGAAGCUCAUGCCGCCUUCCAAUUACAGCCCGAGACUCUCUUUCUUACUGUUAACCUGUUAGACCGCUACUGCUCAAAGCGUGUUGUCUACAAGCAGCACUAUCAACUUGUUGGAUGCGCUGCCUUGUUGAUCGCCGCCAAGUACGGUGACAAGAAGGACCGUGUUCCCCAAAUCAAUGAGCUCAAUAACAUGUGCUGCGGACUCUAUGACUCAGGCAUGUUCACUCAAAUGGAAAUGCACGUCCUCAACACACUGGAGUGGAUUAUCGGUCACCCCACUGUCGAUUUCUUCAGCCAGUUGAUUGUUGCUGAGGACGGUGAUGAUCGUGAGGUGGAGCAUAUGGCUGCCUACAUCUGCGAGAUUGCCCUGUACCACCGAGAUUUCGUUUCGAUCAAGCCUUCGAUCAUGGCUAGAUCUUCAUUGGCGCUUGCCCGCGCUAUCUUGCAGCGACCCGAAGUCAACGAUGGAGAAUGGGAUCAAACUUCGUCGGGGACCUUGCGAACACUGUUACAGCACUUGGGUCAGCCAUCGGCAACAUUGACGCGAAAAUAUUCCGCGCCUAACAUGUCGAGAGCUGCCAUCACCCUCGCCGAGUUCCUCGCACACCAGGCCGCUAUUUCUCGCCGGGCAGAACCUCCAACACCCCCGGCCGAGCAAGCCCUGGUUUCCAAGUCGGGCAACAUUUACAGCACACCUCAAAAAGGCCACGGAGCAGUCAUGGGUGUUGCGGAUGGCUACAUGACGCCACCCAUCACUCCUGAUGGCAUCCAGUUUGGCACUGUGGAUCCCAUGAACAAGUAUGUCCCACCGAGGUGCCCAGUCACCCCAACCCCUCAGGUUACUCAAGCUGCUGCAUAUGCGCCUCAACAACAGCAACCGCAACACCUUUUGCAUCCAGACACUGCCUACUCUCACUACGAGUUCAGCAGCCACAUGAUGGCUCAUUAG